CAUUCGCAUCCAACACCCACUCUGCUCCUCCCACUGUAACUGGCUCUUUGCCGCAUACUAACUCAUCUGCAGCAGCCCUGGACUCUCAUUGUUCUUUUCCUGCUUCUCUCUUGGUCAUGUUUGUCCAAUUGCCGUCUUGUUUUCUCUUCAACCACAGCGUGCUAUUUGACCAGCACCCUCCGCACCUUCAAUCACCAGCGACCAUAUCUCCUCCAUGACGCGUUUUCACUACCCUGUCUCGUGGAGCCCUUGAAUCUGUUCCUGGCACCACCUUACGCUCGUUGCCCGCUGCUCCCGGCUCGAGAGCACGACCUACCCUGCGACCGCCAGGAUGGUGCUCUUUAAGAGAAAACCCGUCCGCUACCUUCCACAUCCCUACAUCGACGACCAAGAAUGCGACGUCUGGGUCGUCUCCGAGUCUAACGAAGUAUUCACAUCCUACGAUGCCUACCUCGAGCGCAUGGACUUUUUCAAGUCCAAAAGAUUUACAUGCGAGGUCACUGGUCGCUCCGGCUUGACUUUCUUCGAUGCUCUUCGAAGUGAACAAGCAGGCUCGAAAGAGAUUGACGAGGCGUUCCCUCAGGCUCUUCGCGAACCCGUCUUGCGCCGAGUCCAGUUCUCCACCACGUCCCGCAUUGACAACCUGGUGGAAGAAGUAUUUAAUGAAUUCAAGAACGAUUUCUACCCCGGGGAACUGGUCACGAUCAUCCUAAACGACUCCUCACGGCUCAAUGGACGUGUAAGAGACAAGGCAAAGUUUGCGGAGAUCAGAGGACCCGAUGGCUCGGUAUCAAGACGUGCAUUCUCUAGAUACUUUGUCAGGAUUAUCGACCGACCGGAUGAGGAGGCUCUGGUUGAUGAUCAACAUAUCGCCCGAGAUCGGAAGGUCUUUACAAAGCAAAUGCUUCGUUCGUUCAUCAAGAACGCAGUCACCCGCGAGGGAUGGAUUGGCGCUCCGUGGCUGGUCAAGCCAGAGAUUGCUGAACGAUUCCGGAUUGACACGAAUGUUCCUCCACAACUCCAGCACAGCAGCAAGGUGGCGGCGAAGAAGGCGGAGAAGAGGAACGCCAGUAUGGAGCAACAAGAUGGUAUGUUUGGUAUCUGGCAACCCAAUAAGUUCCCCGAACUGAAACCUGCGCCCAAAGCACGGAAAAGUCAGCAACACCAUCAGCAAGAGCAGAUGAAUCCGACUGCACGAGCCUAUCGUCCACCUCAUCCUGACCCUGGCUUAUUACCACGCUCAUGGGAGGAGCUUAUGCAAAAUUUUGCACCUCCACCUCCUGCAGGGUAUUUCCCUUACCUCCCAGGCUACUCGAAUCAGUACAUGCCGCCCAAUGGCCAUUACUAUCCUCCUCCGCAACCCCCGCCACAACCCAUGCCUCCCAAGCAGCAGGUAGUGGUAGAGAUCCCGCCACCACCUCCGCCGCCGAUCAAAUACCCCAUCGAUGAUCUUGAUGUCGAACCAGUCCGAGAUGGGACGCAUCGGCCAGCCUUGAAGUUUAUUACUGAGGAGCAGUGCUCCGAUGAGAAGCAAAUGGAGAACGUAAUUCCAGGCCUGAAAGAAGAAAACAUUGGUCUUCUCCUUGAGACCUGGAAUACCCUGAAUGUAUAUUGUCAGGUGCUCAAAUUAGAUUCCUUCACGUUCGACGAUUUUGUGGAGGCAAUGUUGUUUUCUUCGGCAGAUAUCGACUGUGAGAUGUUCGUUGAGGUGCACUGCGCGGUUCUCAAGCAACUGGUCAAGGGGGAAAAUGAAGACGAAGGAGCUAUACAGAUCUCUCUUCCGGACCUGCCAGAUCCCGACGAGUCAGAAGAAGAGUCCGAGGAGGAAGAAAGCAAGCUGCCCACACCCACACCGGAGCCUGAGUACCCUGCGAAGCGAACUCGAAGCAGUUUGAAUAAGGUCAAAUUUGCCGAACCAGAAUCAGAACCCGUUGUGGAAGAUGAAGUCGAAACUGUUCCCCACCGGGCAGCAGAGAUGUUUGCCGAAUAUGGUUGGAUCGAUCGACUUCGAAAGCGAGAUUUCCGUAAUGGAGGCUGGGAGCUAGUGAUGGUCGGUCUGCUUCAUCAGCUGGCGGGAAGACCACGGCUCACAGAUUUGUGCGUCAGGAUCCUUACACAUCUUGCCCCAUUAGACGCCGAGCCAACAAUAGACACUGCAAGGAUACAAUAUUCCACCAUGGACAUCAACCUGCGGGCGGAAGCUCUCCAGAUAAUCUGCCAACUCUUCCUCGAAACGAAGACAGUGAAAGAUUUCUUGGAGGACAUGAGCAACACCAUGACCCAAUACAGAAAGACCAAGAUUGAGCAUCAACGAGCGCGGAAAGAAGCGUUGGCCAAGUUGAAAGAACUUCAAAUUGAGCGUCGACUACUGGCACCAGAGCCUGAGAAGUCUCCUAGUCCCGUGCCUGAGCUCGAAGAUGCCAUGGAGGUUGACAAGGCUGAAGAGGGUGGCAUUUCCAUUCCUGACUCGGAAGAUGAAGAACCCGUCCUGACGCGUUCCCUGCGGCGUGGCACCGACCGUGCUGCCGAACGGAAGAGAAAACGUGAACAGGAGCAAGAACGGAGAGAAAAGGCUGCCGAGGCAAAGCAAAACAAAGGAAGCAAGGAGUACCAGAAAGUUCUCAAGCAGAUCGAAAAGGAACGGGGAAAAGUCCGGGCUGCUGAAGAUGCGAUUAUCGUGGUCGACGGUGAUUUGCGCGAAGCAGAUUGUCCUCGAACGAGAGUUCUGGGUAAGGAUCGCUUCUGUAAUCGAUAUUGGUGGUUUGAACGGAACGCCAUGCCCCACGGUGGCUUGCCGGACAGUUCCACUGCGGAUGCAGAUUAUGCGAAUGGUCGUCUUUGGGUGCAAGGACCGGACGACAUGGAGCGUGAAGGCUUUAUUGAGAUCCCCAAGCAGGACCAGGACGCUUAUUAUCGACGAUUCCAGAUGACACCAGCUGAACGAAAAGCCAUGGAAGAAGGUCCUACCAGAUUGAACAAUGCCAAACAAUGGGGCUUCUAUGAUACAGCGGAAGAGCUGGACAUGUUGAUCGGCUGGCUCGAGUCCCGAGGCGUCCGAGAAGUCAAGCUGCAGAAAGAACUUACUAUGCAGAGAGAUGUUAUCAUCAAACACAUGGAGAAGCGAGCAGCAUACUUGGUACCCCGUGAGAAGUCAGAAGAACCACCGGCAAGGAUGUCGACCAGAACAAAAGCCUAUUUCAAUGACAAGUCUCACCGAUGUCUGCGAUGGAGGAAUACCACGGCUAUUGCGGAGCUCGGCCAUCGACACGUUGAUCCGCCUCCGAAGCCUCGUCCACGCGGCAAGAAGAAUGCUGCAGUUGAAGAGUCGAGAACCGCGUCAACAGCCCUGCCAGUUCUCAAUCGUCAGGGCAAGCCUGUUACCAGACAAGGUACGAGAUACAAUUUCUGAGAAUAAUUUGGGGAGGUUUUUGUGAUUGUAAGAAGACGAAUGAUGCCACGAUCCAAGAAAAGGUUGCAGACUAGACAGCAUGGCGUUUGAGGUAUGGGAAACGACAAGACUUUGGGGAGGUACCAUUAUUUUUGCUUGGGCUGCUUCGUCGGGCAAUUGAUCUUGUCCGAUCCGCCACCAGUGGCAUUUGACGGCUUGAAGACAUUUUCGACUAUGCUGGACCUGUCGAGUGCGGUUACUUUGUUUUUUUUUAACGACUGGGGAGGCUAUGUUAGAGAAUGAAGUCAUCAUCAAGGUGAACAAGGCCCAUUCGGCUCUGUCUGAUAUUGAAUAUGAUAGUGAGGAACAUCCCUACCGAGUUAUCAAAGUGUAUGUGUAAGAUGAACAAGGCAGCUUGUAU